UGUCACGUUGUGUUGUCGUGGUUUCAACUGCACUCAAAGUCAUGAGUUUGUAAAGCACUUUCCAGUACGUGAUAACGUAACGUCUGCUGUCAUAUCGCUUUUCCGAAGUGUUGGAACGUUCCCCAAAGCACCGAAGAUGAGAUUUGCUGUAUUCAUCAUUACUGUGAAUCUACUUUCAAAACUUUCCUCGGCUCGAGAAGUACAUAUAACGAGAUCAAGGCACCACAGGGAUUCCAUUAGUUACAGUCCUUCAACAACUUUUAUGCCAUUGUUGGAAACAAAUCCUUGUCUAGUGCAUUACUGCAUGAAAGGAAGAGAGUGCGUUUUAACCUCAGAAGGCGAAGCAACGUGUGUGUGUCAACGUCAUUGUGGGACUCACAGGAGACUUGUCUGCGGUUCAGAUGGUCACAUAUAUCCUAAUCAUUGUGAACUUCAUCGAGCUGCUUGUCUCACUGAAACCGCAAUCACCAUUGAACAUGGUGUACAUUGCAUCAAACAUGGCAAAGGAUGGGCACCAACGUUGGAAGGAGUGAAACAGUACUUCAGAGAACCAACACCUACACCAGACUAUCUGAUUACCGAAACUUCUACAUCUGUUGAUACUGCUUUCACCCUAAGGGACAUAAAUAGAAAUAGGGAUGUUGGCAUGCAGAUAAAAAACAGAACAUCAGUCGACGCAACGACUAGAACUGAUGAAAACGUCAAAGAAAAUGAGGUUGGCACCGGUUUAAAUCACUACAAAAGAAAACAUUCCCACGAUCAAAGCAAAUGCUCCAUGGAGGCAUAUGAAAUAAUGAAGGACAAUCUUCUCCUUUAUAACCACGCAAGGUUGAUGUCACAAAAUAAUCACAGCAAGGACUAUCUCGUAUCUAUAAUGUUUUCACAUUACGACCAAAACAAUAACGGAAUUCUCGAAAAAUCUGAGCUUGAAAAGAUUAACUCGGUGGAACGGCUGGACUCGUUAAGCGGUAAUGGAUGUAGCCUAUCAAGCAUGAUGGAAUACGAUGACACCAACCACGACGGACGUUUGAACGUUAAUGAAUUUUACACUGCAUUUAGCAAACUCUACAGUGUGUCUGUGGUAUCGUUGGAUAAAGCACUCGAGACCAAUAAUUUAUCCGUGAAGGUAAACGACAAUGUGGAGAUCAAAUGCGACGUGACAGGAUCACCCGUUCCUCCGAUCGUCUGGCGAAGGAAUCGGCUCGACCUUUCGACCCUAAACGAAGAAGAGGUCAGAGUAUUCAGCGAUGGAAGUCUUUACUUGACGCGGAUACAGCUGCAACAUGCCGGAAAUUACACAUGCCAUGCACAGCGGAACAAAGACGUUGUACAAACUCAUAUUCUGACAGUACACACUGUACCAGAAGUUCACGUGAUGCCAAAAAUACAGUCAAAAAGACCUGGAGAAGACGCCGUUAUGUAUUGUCAUGUUGCUGGAGAACCAUUUCCUAAGGUAGAAUGGCUUAAGAAUGACGAAACGUUGCAUCUCGAUUCUCCGCACAAAUAUCAAAUCGUAGGAAACGGCACAGCGUUAAAAAUUAAAAAUAUCGAUUUUGCUGAUACUGGAGCAUAUAUGUGUCAAGCAGCAAAUUCAGGAGGAUUAACAAGAGACAUUAGUUCACUUGUCGUUCAAGAGCAACCAACUCCGACGGCUCCUGACGAAGAACGUCGCUUCUUUGCCUUCCAUGAUUGGGGUGUUUCAGUUUAUUCGCCUUCAAACUGUCGCAUUCAUCAUCAAAUACAAUCAACCGACAUUAUUCCCGGAACUCAGGAAUACGUUUGUGGUGAUAAAGGAAUAUCAUGCUCCUGGGGUAGAGCCAUAAAUGUAGCAAACCGAUAUAUUUACGCAACACAACCAAACAGAGACAGAGUUAUAAUUAUUUCUAAAAUUCAAAUGGUGGUUGUGGAUAUAGUUCCCACGGACAAGUAUCCUGUUGAGCUAUUUUAUGUUCCCUAUUUUGAUCAAGUAUGGGUUCUAAAUUGGAGGUCUACAAACGAUACUGGUAUAAAAACCGUACAAGUGAUACGAGAUGCAGGACAAAAGAGAAAACAUCACACCGUUCAUCCAGAGCCAAUAGAUGGCCAGUUCGAUUUGGUUAAAGGGCUUUUUAUUCCUUCACCAGACCAAGAGCUAUCACAUUAUAGUUUCAAAUACGGAUACGUGACCCACACCAAUCAACGAGGACUCUACAAAUUGGAUUUAGAGAACCUACGGUACACACGAUCGGUUGAUCUUACUCCAUACAAUUGUGUACCAGCACAAAUACAAUUUUCAUCCUUGUAUGGCUAUGUAAUAAUGCAGUGCCUAGAGCCAAUAACUAAUAGGCCAAGCGGUCAGCUAGCACUGGAUUAUCUGACCGAUGCCGUAAUUGGUACAAAAUCAACACUGCCAGGCAUUCCAUUUAUUUCGCCUGAUUCGAGAAAAUUAGUCACCCUGGAUAGGACAACAGGUGGUGCAACAUUAAUAGUUCAAGAAAUAACAAAAAGUGGUUUAACAUUUUCAUUCGACGUCAAGACGACCCUAAAUAUAUCUGACAUAACCUUUUAUCCAAGUCAGACUACGCACAGUUACGAUAUUUAUGCAACUGCCAGCGAUAAGGAAGAUAUAUUAUUCCUGAACUUAUUGACAGGUAAGGUGGAAAUAAUCACAGGAGUAGGAAAAGCGAGAUCAUCCAAACUAUCCAAAUGGGGCAAUCCAAACAGGCCAAUAGAAAGCUCAGGUUUGUUUGGACAAUACAUGGUGACGCCUGCUAGUGAAGCAUUAUUCGUAAUAAACGGUCAAUCAAUGACGGUGAACUGUGAAAUUGGAGCUGUAAGGCAUCCCAGCUCCGUCGUCUGGACCACUACUAAAAUUCACUGAACGAUAUCACAUUCUCAUUAAGCUCAUCACCUUUAUUUAUAUAGCCAUUAAAACUAGAAGUAGCAUUUAAAUGUUACCGAAAAUGUUGCCUGUCUAAUGGAAAAAUAACCUGUGGUAAAAAAAUAUCAGAAAAUAGAGUAAUAUUUUUGAUGUAGAAGUUAGUUCCGUAAAUAAACAAAUAAGUAGACUAUAUCACGUGAAUUACAUGUGUACAUCUACCUACAGUAGAAUCCGCUUAUAAUGACAUCGAAAGGAAAUGACAAACACGUCAUACUAAGCGGGCGUCAU